CACUAUUGGGACAUAUUCACUAUCCAAAUGGCUGCUGCUACCCGCUCUCUGCGGCUCUUGAGUCGUGGUACGUCAACUCAGCUUGUAGGCCAGAUACGACCUCAGCGAAGAUGGCUAGCCACGCCAGCUUCAGAUCCAAGCAACCUGCCAUUGGCUGGAAUCAAAGUGCUUGAUAUGACCAGAGUGCUUGCUGGUCCAUAUUGCACACAAAUUCUUGGCGAUUUAGGGGCCGAAGUCAUCAAAGUCGAACAUCCAACAAGAGGCGAUGAUACCCGAGCAUGGGGACCUCCGUAUGCAUCGUACAAAGAACAAAGCACCAAGCAAGGCUCAGGCGAAAGUGCAUAUUUUCUAGCUGUCAAUCGCAACAAGAAAUCUAUAGGCCUCUCUUUCCAGUCUCCAUCCGGUGUCGAAAUACUCCACAAACUCAUCAAAGAAUGCGACGUCCUUGUCGAAAACUACUUACCCGGCGCGCUGGCAAAAUACAACAUGGACUACCGCAGCGUCUCCGCCGUAAACCCCAAAAUCAUCUACGCCAGCAUCACAGGCUACGGCCAAACGGGACCAAACAAGAACCGCGCCGGCUACGACGUAAUGGUCGAAGCAGAAAUGGGUCUCAUGCAUAUCACCGGCCACCGCGACGGCCCUCCCGCAAAAGUCGGUGUCGCUGUCACAGAUCUCACAACAGGUCUCUACACCAGCAACUCCGUAAUGGCAGCCCUCCUCGCUCGAGCCAAAACAGGCAAAGGCCAACACAUCGACGUCGCACUAGCAGACUGCCAAAUCGCCACCUUAGCCAACAUCGCUUCAUCUUGUCUCAUCUCUGGUAAACCUGACUCUGGCCGCUGGGGAACCGCGCAUCCUAGUAUCGUACCUUAUAAAGGUUUCAAGACUUCCGACGGAGAUAUUCUGCUAGGUGGAGGGAAUGAUCGAUUAUUUGGUAUUUUGUGCGAGAAGAUUGGAAAGCCGGAGUGGGUGAGUGAGGCGAGAUACAAGACGAAUGCGGAUCGUGUGAAGGUGAGAGAUGAAUUGGAGGAGAAGAUCGAAGCUGUGACGAAGACAAAGACUACGGAGGAGUGGUUGGGGAUUUUUGAGGGGAGUGGAAUGCCGUAUGCGCCGAUUAAUGAUGUUAAGACGACGUUGGAGUUGGAGCAUACACGAGAACGAGGUAUGGUUACUGAAGUCGAGCAUCCGGAAUGUGGACCUAUGAAGCUCGUUAGCCCGCCCGUCAAGUUUAGUGAUACGAAUCCAACGAUACGAAGCCCGCCGCCUACUUUGGGACAGCAUACCGAAGAGGUGCUGACUGAAGUUUUGGGGAUGAAGCAAGACGAGGUAGAAGCGUUGAAGAAGCAGGGUGUGGUAUCGUAGAGCUAUAGAGAACGCAACGUGAUCAUCCUUAGAGGCCAGCCGCUCAUGGCUCGCAUCUCCUUCCGUG